AGUACGCUGCAGCACACUCAAAGUAAAGACAUUUACAAAUUAGAGAAGUUUUUCUGUUAAUCGAUUUAUAAAUUAUAGAUAAGUUAAGUAAGAUCAUGAAGAUUGAAAUACGUGGUGAAAAAAACACAGAUGAGCUCACUAAAGCUUCUGAUAAGACAAAAUUUAGUGAUUUCAUAGUCGCUCUUAUGAUCUUAUGUGAUCCGUUGAUAGGGUUUGCUGUGGUAAUCAUCGCCAAGGAUUUAGAUCCCGAAAAAGCUUGUUCACUGUGUGGAACAAUGAUAGGUAUGUUUAUAUAUUCUUUGGUAAUGAUAAUAUCAUUUGCUCCAUGUGAGAAUAUGGUAAACUGGGGAAAUAGAUGCAAAAUUUUCCAUAUUUUCUGCAUAAAAUACUUAAUUCUGGCUGUACUAUCAUUUUUAACUCUGUACACGUGGUUAUUCAGGCCCGAAGGAUAUUUGAUAAUAACGAAUGAAAGGAGCUGCUCAUUACAACAGUUAAUAGAAAGCACGACACUUAGUUUUGCUACUGUAUCGAUUUUUAUUACAUCGCUAUUUUGGAUACGCCGUAGAGUUUUAGUAUAGUUAAGAGGUUGAUGAGUUUUAAUGUUCAUUGCUGAAAAAGAUUCUGUAAAAUGCUCUCAAUGUCAAACUGAGAUUCCAUUUGAAUCGAUUACAACCGCAUAAGAAACCAAGUCUACUUUGAUUUAAUCAUGUUUUUUAUUUUUGUAUUUUUGUAUCUCGACUAAGUAAGCCAAUAAAUUCAACACCAAAGUGAUACUGAGUGCAUUUUAUCCUCCGAAUAAAAUAAACCUGCAGAUAAUCUGAUAAAAACUACUUUAAAUCAUAACUUGCUGAGUUAUAACUUAUAAGGGACUAUUAAGCUGUAUUUUUGAUCCAGAACUUUAAAAAAUUAUAAAUUUAUCGGCAUUAAAAUAAUAAACUUAUUAUCGCUGGGACAAUUCGAUGUAGAUAUGAUAAUGUGUGAUAUUUACACUGCAAAUCUAAGUGUUUUAUUUUAAAACACUUUAAGCGUUUAAAUACUUGUAGUCACUUACUAAACACUUUUUAGUGUUUAAAGUAUAGUAAACACUUUAAACGUUUAAUUUUAACACACAUAAAGUGUUUUAGAUGAUAAGGCACUUAAAGUGUUUAGGCAUCAAUACACACUUUCAGUGUUUAGUGCCAUUAAUUAAUAAUAUAAAUAUUUUUAAAAUAAAAAUAAUAAUUUUUCCAUUGAAGUACAAUCAAUGAAAUUUUUAUAAUAAUAUUUCUAAUAUUAAAAAUAAUA